ACAAGAUGGCUACGUUUGGGUGUUGUGGCCACUGAAUCUGUGAAAGGUGCCAAAAAUAUUAAAAAUAAGGUGCAUAUAUUCAUAAUCAAACAAUUUAAAAUAAACAACCUAGUGUAUAACUAAACAAUGAAGGAUUAAUUAAUUUAUUAUUGUGCAUAUGUGGACACGUGUAAUUAACAGAAAGGUGUAGCGUUUUUUUUUUUUAUUUCUUCUUUUUUUUUUUUUUUUUUAUUUUUUCAUCAUUAUUUAAAGAUUAUAUAUAUGAGAAAACAAUGCGUGAAUAACACAUCAUUGAAAGACGAGUAAUAUACGGGCGGGAUUGACUAGGCCAGAUAGAUCGAGUUAAAGCGUGUUUGAUAAUAAAAAACCGCAAAAUAAAACGAAAAAAAAAAUCAACUCAAGAUCGAAAACAACCAGUCGAUACGCUGGAGAAAGACGGCGGAGCUUCGGAGGAGGGGGAGAUGUCCGCCGGCACCCAGGGCGAGAUUCGGGUCGGUCCAUCGCACCAGGAAUUGGUUUCUUGCCAGGCUCGCUUGCCUGACUAUCGGCCGAGUGUUCCAUCAACUGAGCUGCUACCAGAUCCAGAGUUUUCAAAAGAACGUGAGGAAUUAAGAUGGAUACCGGCAAUGUCAUUGGAUGGACCACUUCUCAUGUAUCUGAGGGCGGCCCGAUCAAUGGCUGCAUUUGCUGGUAUGUGUGACGGUGCAUCACCAGAUGAUGGUUGUGCAGCAGCAUCAAGAGACGAUACAACAAUCAACGCACUUGAUAUACUUCACGAUUCUGGAUAUGAUUCUGGUAGGGCAUUACAAGCCCUUGUUAAAUGUCCAGUACCAAAAGGAAUCGAUAAAAAAUGGCCAGAAGAAGACACUAAACGCUUUAUCAAGGGUUUACGUUCAUUUGGUAAAAAUUUUUGGCGUAUUAAAAAAGAAUUAUUACCUCAUAAAGAUACACCUGAACUUGUUGAAUUUUAUUAUUUGUGGAAAAAAACACCUGCAGCAAAUAUUAGUCGACCACCAAGACGUCGACGACCAGGUUCAUUACGACGUAUACGUAAUACAAGAAAUUCAAGAUCAGGUACACCAAAAGAAGAGCCAUCAACACCAAAAGAAACAACAUCAACAAAUAAUACACCAGUCAAAGAAACAUCAACAUCAGAGCCUGAAACACCAACUGUUGUUGUUGGCAGUGGUGGUGGUGCUGACAAUAGUACUAGUGGUGGUACAACUGGUAACGGUACCAGUGGAAAUACUGGAUCAGUAUCAAAUAAUACAAAUACAACAAAUAAUAAUAAUAAUAACAACAACAGCAACAAUAACAAUAAUAAUAGUAACAAUAGUAAUAAUAGUAAUAGUAAUAGUAAUAAUAACAAUAAUAAUAGUAGUACAAGCAAUCCAGGCAGUGGUGGAGGUGGUGGAGGAGGUGGUGAAGCAAGUUCAGUAACAGAAGACGAUAAUUCAGAAGAAGAUAGUGAUUCAAGAGAUACAAAUACAAAUAAUUCAGCAUUUGAAAGAUCUUGUCAGCAUUGUUUUUCAACUUCAUCAAAAGAUUAUCAAGUUGCUGGUAAAGAUAGAUUAUUAUUGUGUUCAGAAUGUCGUACUCAUUUAAAAAAAACUGGAGAAUUACCACCAGCAGCACCAUAUCUAUUUCGACCAGUGCCUGCAGAAUCGCCGGAGAGUCCCGGUAGAAUGCGAACACGUAAUAAAGCUAAAGAAACACCAAGACCAUCAAGACCACGUAGAACAGGUGGUACUGAUACACCAGAUCAAGAUAAACAACAACAAAUGCAACAAAAUCAACAAACUCCUGACAAAAAGAAAAAAGGUAAUAACGCCAAAGUGGAGACUCCAAAAAAGGGCCAAAAGAGGCCCCAAGCCGAUGACAAUGAGGAGGAUAAGGAUACACAAAAACGUAAACGUCCUGAUAGUCCAGCUGAGUCAUUAACAACUGACUCAAAUUCACUUAUGGAUGAACCAGAACGUGAUACUGAAAUUGAUACAAAUACAAAUAGUACAAUACAACAAGUACCACCAAUUGUUGAUGAAAAUGCUGCCUUAUCACCACCAACUCCUAUUCAAUCAAUACCAACAAUGACAACGACAACAACAUCAUCAUUAAUAACUUCGUUACCUGCAUCAUCAUCAACAACAACUGCUGCUACUGCUGCUGUUACUACUGUAACCACAUCAGCAACUACAAUUUCAUCCACAGAAAUGACAACAAUAAUGACAACGUCAUCAGCAUUGGCAACAACAACAACAGCAGCAACAGCAUCAACAACAAAUACACUGACAGUGACAGAGACAUCAGUAUCAGCGAUAACAACACCACCAAUAAUGACAACAACAACAGCAACAACAACAUCAUCGUCGUUGUUGUCGUCGUCGUCAUCUUUAUUAACUACAUCGUCAAUAUUGCCAUUGUCAACAGCACCAAUAACUACUACGGCAUCAAUACCAACUACAGUAACAACAACAACAAGCAUAAUGGCAGCAUCUAUAAAAGAAGAAAUUCCUGAAUUACCACCGGCUUCAACACCCAAUCAUAAUCAUCUUCUUCCAUCUUCAUUGACAACAACAUCGGUUGCAAGUUUAAAUGCACCAAUAACUGUACCAACAACUGUUCAACAAUCAAUAUCAGUUGCUGUACCAAUAUCAUCAACACCAAGUAUGCCACUUAUAUCAGAUAUACUUAUAAUGCCAGCUAUACCUGGAAUACCAAUGUUAUCUGAUCUUCAUUCAAUUGAUAAUAAAAAAUCAACAAUAAUUGAUGAAAAUAUAGAAAUAAAAAGUGAAAUUGAAGAUACAAAUUUACAAAGUAAUGUAAAUAAUAUUAAACCAAUACAAUUAAAAACAGAACCAUUAAGUGGUCCACAUGAUACAGAAAUGUCACCAAUUAAUAAUAAUAAUGAAGAUACAAAAGAAUCAAUAACAGAUGUAUCACAACAUUUACAGAAUCUCAAUUCAUCAUCUCAAUCAAUGCUUAUUAAUGAUUUGAGUCAAAAUACAUCACGUAUACUAUCACAACCAAUGACUAAUCCAAUUUUAAUGAUACCACAAAGUAUACCACAUUUACAAAUUGGAUCACAACUACCAGCUCAUAUAACAUCAUCACACAGUCAAGGUUUAUUAAAUUUACAAUCAUCUUAUGGUUCAAAUAUACCUCCAACACAAACUGUACCACAAAAUUUAUCUCAAAGUAUUCAAAUGCCACAAAAUAUCAGUCAGACACCACCAAGUAAUUUACCACCACCAAGAGAUAUAUUACCACCUCCAAAUUUAACUAAUCAUCAUUUACAUCAUCAUCACCAUCAUCAUCAUCAAAAUCAAAUUGAUCAUAUUUCACAAUCAAUUCCUCAAAAUAUGGCAAUUCCACCUCCAUUAAAUUUAAAUAUUCCUCAAAAUUUAUCACAAAUACCACAAAUGCCACAAAUACCAUCCUCAUCACCACAGCCAUUAGGAUUAAAUAUUGUGCCACAACAACAACAACAACAACAGCAACAACAACAACAAGAUAAUAAUAGCAAUAAUAGUAUAAGAAUGCCUGAGAGGAUUCCAACAGAUGAUCGUUUAAGACAACAUAAUCAAGAGCAACAAAUGCAACAACAACAACAACAACAGCAACAGCAACAACGAAUAUCAGACAAUAGAAUGAUGGAACCACAAGAAAGAUUAGAAAUGAUACCAACAGAAUCACCAAAUCAUUUUCAACCAAUUCAACCACCACCACCAUUGCCUCCACCACCUUUGCAAUUACCAACGUCAAUGUUGCAAAGUGGAAUUAAUGAAAAACCUCAAGCAAUAUAUAAUCUUUCAGCAACACCACCAAUGGAACCACAAAAUUUAAAAAUAAAACAAGAAAUCAUAUUACCAGAACCUGAUCCACUGCAAAGUUUAAAAGAAGUUAAAGUACCUGGAUUUCAAGGUGGCUUUCCUGGACCAAGUUUGGAUAAUAUUAAAAAAGAUCCAGAUGCAGGAAAACCACCAACGCCAUCAAAACAUUCUCAUUCACAUUUACACUCACAUUCACAUACGAGUCAACAAUCAACAGGAUUAUCAUCAGCUCCACAACAGCCACCGACAUCCUCUUCUUCGUCUUCGUCAUCGUCUUCUUCUCAAUUACUCAGUGCGCCAUUACAACCACUGAAUCAGCCAUCACAAAAUCAACCACCAUCGAUACAAUCAGUUGCAGCAUCACCAACAUCAUUGCCACCACCUCCAACGUCAAUUCCUCAGCCAGUGAUGCAUCCAAGUCAACAACCAAGUCCACAUAUGGCAACACAUCCUUUUCAUCCUCAUCAUUCAUUGAUGCAUCAUCCACUUUUUGCUGCAAUGCAUUCGUAUCAUCCUCAUCCUUAUUCUGGUUAUCCAGCAGUUCCUGGAUAUCCAGGUUUUCCACCAUAUCCUUAUGGUCCAGUGCCUCAUGCCAUACCACCACCAAGUCCACAAAGAUCUGAAGCAACAACAAUGAUGACUGCUCAUCAUUCAAGUACAAGUUCAUCAAGUGUUACAACACGUGAAGAGGGUGAUAAUCAUAUUGCAACACAUCAUCAUUCGUCGUCAAUGCAUCAAGCAACGACACUUCAGCAUCAUGAUAAACAUAUGAGUAUAUCAUCACACUCGUCACACAGUCAUUCCUCAUCACAUUCAUCAUCACACAAUAGUCAACGAAAACAACCAUCAAUGGUAUCUGCUUGUUUAACAUCGUCGGCUAGUGUUCAUCAUCAUCAUCGACCACCUCAACAAUCUCAUCAUCAGCAACAACCGCCAUCAUCUUCUUCUUCGUCAUCACAGCCACAAAUGAAUAAUCAAAUAACUCAACAAUCACAAUCACAACAACAACAGCAGCAGCAACAACAACAACAGCAACAACAGCAACAGCAGCAUCAACAACAACAACAACAACAACAGCAGCAGCAACAGCAACAUCAGCAGCAACAAGCUCAACAACAACAACAGCAACAACAACAACAAGUACAACAACAGCAGCAGCAACAACAACAGCAACAACAAAUUCAUCAUCAUCCACAUCAUCACCAUCAUCAUCAACAACCACAGCAUCAACAGUUGCCGCCACAUCCACAACAACAACAACAUCAACCACCACCUCUUCCAAUUGAGCCAAAAAUUGAGCAAGAAAUGAUUGAACCUGAACCUGAAGAACCACCAAGUCCACGUGGACCUUCACCUGAACCACGUAUUGAAGAUUCUGAAUGUCAUAGAUCACAAUCAGCAAUAUUCCUUCGUCAUUGGAAUAGAGGUGAAAAUAAUUCAUGUACAAGAACAGAUUUAAUGUUUAAACCUGUACCAGAUUCAAAAUUAGCAAGAAAACGUGAAGAAAGAACACGAAAACAAGCUGAAAGAGAUAGAGAAGAAAGAGAUCGUGCUGUACAACAACAAGCAAGAAAAAUGACAACACCUGAAAAACAACCAGAAGUAUGUAAACCACCAAGUCGUGGUCCAAUGGAACCAGUUGUAUCACCAUAUGAUAGAUAUGCAGCAAGACCAGCAUAUGCUGAUACACCAGCACUCCGACAAUUAUCUGAAUAUGCAAGACCACAUGCUGCAUUUUCACCAGCUCGACAUCCAGCACCACCUGAUCCAAUGUUACCAAUGCAUUAUAUGUAUGGACCUGGUGCUAGAGAAAGACUUGAAAUGGAAAGAGAACAUAUGGAAAGAGAAAAACGAGAACGUGAAAUAAGAGAAUUACGUGAGAGAGAAUUAAAUGAUAGGCUGAAAGAAGAAUUACUUAAGGGUACACCAAGACCAAUGCCUGGUCCAGUUGAUCCACAUUGGCUUGAAGUACAUAGACGUUAUGCUGCUGGUUUGGCACCUGGACCAUCGGGACCACCACAAGGGCUUCAUCAAUUUGGUCUUUAUGGAGCGGGACCAGGACCAAGUCCACUUGAUCGUGAACGUCUAGAAAGAUUAGGAAUACCUACUGGAGCCGGCGGGGUGCCAUCGUUGGCAGGGGGUGGGGCCGGGUCCGGCCAUCCUGUCCCGGGACAUCAUCAUAGUCAUGGUCAGCUUGACGAGCGACUGGCUCUAGCUGCCGACCCAAUGGUCCGGCUUCAGAUGGCUGGCAUAUCGCCCGAGUAUCAUGCUCACACUCACGCGCAUACGCACGCGCAUACCCACUUGCACCUACAUCCGGGACAACAACAGGCCCAACAACAGGCACAGCAACAGCAGCAGCAGGAGGCAGCUGCCGCUGCCGCUGGAUUCCCCCUGCCUGCUGUUGCUGGUGGUAAUUAUCCAAGACCAGGAAUGAUGUCAAGGGAUCCUGGUAUGGGAUUACAUCCAGCUGAAUUACUUGGAAGGCCUUAUGCGGAUAUGGCAGCUCAUCAUGAACAGCUGCAACGUCAUUUAAUGAUGGAACGAGAAAGAUAUCCUCAGCAUGCAUCUCUAGUUGCUCAUCAUGAAGAGUACCUUAGGUUUGUGACCCAACAACAACAGCAACAACAUAACAAUGAGAAGAAUAUGUUUUUGCAACAACGAGAGCGUGAGUUGAAGGUUCGUGUACUUGAAGAGGCAGCACGUGGACCACGUCAAUAAAUCAUAUAAGUUUUAAAUUAAUAAAAAAAAAAUAAAUAUAUAUAUAUAUAAAUAAUAGUAUAUUGAAAGUUCAAAGGAAAAAAAAAAAGAACAUUGUCCUAUAUACCCUAAAGAGUUAUUUUAAAAUGAAGGGAAUAUGGAUUAUGUCGAUAGUUUGAACUGAAAAAAAAAUAUGUUUUCCUAUCGAUUAUUUACGCACCGUACGUCGUUUUUUAUUAAUCAAAGAUACGAAGCAAUAAUUAAAAAUUAAUUAGUUUCGUAUCAUGUAAUAAUGUCCAAUGUAAAUACGACAAAAAAAAAAAAAAAAAAGGACUGCGUUUAUGAUGACUAUUUAAACGCAAAAAAAAUAACAAAAUAACUAAAAAGGUCAAGAGAACUUAUUGAGAUUUUAAAGCUUAAUUUCUUCUUAUUUUAGCACUAUGAAUUUUAUUAAUUAUUGUAAAUUCCAUUCUUCAAUUUAUUUAUCAUUCAAAAUAUUAAUUUUUUUUUUUUUACUUUUUUUUUUAUAAUGGUGUAAGUGUGAUUUUUUUUUUUUCAUUGAUCGGGGUAUUUUUUUCUCGUUGAAUUUAAUUUAAUUAAUUAAUUUUUUUUUUUGUAUUUUUUUUUUCAAAUAACAAAAGUAUAAAUGUAUAAAAAAAAAUAUCAACGAGAACCUCUUUAUAAUCAUGCAAAAAACUUAGGCAAUUUUUAAAAGUAUAAAUUUGUUUUUUUUGUAUUUCUCAUUUAACUUUGUUCCUUUUUUUUACUAUAAAUGACCAAAGUUAACUUUUCUAGAGAAAUGUUAAUCGCCUUGAUAAAUGCGAAAAAUAAUAUCAAUUUUUUAAUUUUUUUUUUAAUUUUAUGUGACCAUUGAUAAUGGUGAUAAUAUAUUGUAAAUUAUAUAAGGUUUUAAACAAAAAGACAACAAACAAAAACAGAUGAAAAAAAUAAAUAAAUAAAUAAACAUUAUAUAUGUAAUCUAGUUGUUAAAUUGAAAAACAAAAAAGUAUUUCAUAAAAAUUAUGAAAGAAAAAAAGCAAAAACAAAAUAAUCAAAUGGUUUUUUUAACAAGUAAAUUUUCUAAAUAGUUUAAUGAAACGAAAAAAAAAAAAAAGAAACAUUUUUUAAAAUUUUUUUAAUUAUCCAAAUGUUAGUGUGGUAUUUUUGAAUAAGAAAAACUGUGAGACUAAUCAACUUGCCAGAUGUGUGAGAAUUUGUUUUCCAUAUUUUUCAAUGUUGUUGUUUUUUUUUUUUUGUGUUUUUUAUAAUUUUUUUUUUUUUUUAUAAUGAGUUUUGCAGUAGAGCAAGUCAGGCGGCUGUGUUUUUAUUAGGGUAAUGUAAAACCCAGAAGUGGCCAAAGAGUGCCUCUCGUUGAUGUCCCGCUGGUGUGAACGUAUUACAGUGGGG